UAAGGAGACGCCAUAGCUUUUGUAAUGGCGACUAAAUAUUACAAGAUUCGAUAUAAUUAGCAAAAGGAAAAUGCUAAAAUUAGUAAGAGAAUGAUUGAAAGAGAGAAGAAAAUCACAAGAAACGCGGCCAACCCUAACUUCUCCAACAAGGAAUCUUGGCAAUAACAAACAAAACAAAAGAAUCGUAAAACCUUCGUCAAGACCAAACUGCAUCUGUCUGAUUCGAACUCCAAACGAAUCAGACAAUAGCAAGAGACGGUCCUUCGAAUAUAAAAUCCGAUACAAAGAUUCACUUGAUCAUCCCUUCCAAAUAAAGUAAUCUUUAAACCCUAAUCCAUAAAAGAGGAUGCUAAUAUCGUGUUACCUAGGGUUUCUUGAUUUGCAUUGAUCUUGUUUCAAGAACAUGGGAAGCUUUCGUCGCCGGACUUUUUCAUACGAUAAACUUCCCACCGGACCCAUUAGGCUCUCCGUUCUCAAACUAGAUGGCACGUCCUUUGAUGUUAACGUAACGAGCUCCGCGACCGUUAGGGAUCUCAAGCUUGCUAUAGAGACGGCCUUCAGCCACGUCCCCAAGAAAGGACCAUCCAAGAUCUCAUGGUCACACGUGUGGGGACAUUUCUGCUUGUGUUAUGGGGGUCAGAAGCUAGUCACCGAUACGGAGUGCAUCGGAAGUUAUGGCAUGAAGGACGGUGAUGAGGUAAGAUUCAAGAACCAUGUGUCUGGCAAUGCCGUAUUGAGCAACGGAUACUCUAGGAAAUCCAAACAAAAUAAUUUAGAGAGGGUAGGACCAAAAAUUGAAGCUGAAGAAGUGAAUAGAGUGGAGGAGAUAGAUCACGGCUCUUGGGAUGAUCUUGAGAAAGGAAGCUUAGUGAGGUACGAGGAUGGUGACAUGGAAGCUUCUCCAGAAGACAACAGGACUAGUCUAACCACUGUCCAUGGUUGCUGCUUUGCUUUUGGUCUGAAGGAGCUUCUUGGGUUUGGCAAUGACAAAAGCUAUUACUCUUUGAGAGAUACUUGGAGAGACGACUGAAUGAUUCCUUUUUUUUUGGUUUUCUAUUGGUAAGAGUUUUGGUCGCAGGACACAUUUAUUUAACUUUUGUAAUCACAACAAAACGAUCUGACGAUCAUGUUAUAUUACAAAGGAUAGUAUGUUCAGGGAAGCUUCUACAAUAUUCAGUAGUACAGAUUAAACAAAAGUGGAAACAAACAUAGCCUUUGGUAGACAUGCCUUGCUUUUGUCUGUAAUGGCUGAGCAGCCGCCAACAGAAAGAACCUCAUGAAGAUUCAGGUGGUUGGGAGAAGAUGCUAAAGCCUUGAUCUCAUGA